AUGAAUCAUUUCCCUCUGCCCCUUCCAUGGCCCACGCCCCCAUCCCGCUCUUCUUCUGGCGUCUCUCGUCCCAUACCUCUCUCUAUCUCUCUGGCUCCCCUUCUCUCGGCCUCUCCCUCUCCUGCUUUGUAUGCACUGGCCCCGCCCAUUCAGACCCACUUUGACAAAGGACCGUCUCGUUCUAUGGCACAACUGUACACAAAGUCGACCAGUGUCCACGCCUGUUGGCUCGACUGCUCUCCUCAUUGUGCCCUGCUCAGGAUGGGCAAUGGAGCAAGCCCAACGGGGCCUUUCACCUCAUCACACGUGGGCACACACCCGCAACCUACAGUGCGGACCGACGCACGUGGGCAUGUCCGCAAAACAGGGACUUCCGACGUCCAGGAGCAGUCAAUCAGAGGCCAAUAG